GGGACGGCGCGCCCGCGCGCGAUGUUCUCCCGGAGGGGCCACGCCGACGCCAAGAAGUCCGCGCAGAAGGCGCUGGACCCGCGCAAGGACGUGCUGACGCGCCUCCGGCACCUCCGGGCGCUGGCGGAUGCUGUGGAUGGAAGUGAACUUAAACAGUUUUUUGAGAAUAACUAUUCUCAAAUUUAUUUUAUCUUCUAUGAAAAUUUCAUAAUAUUGGAAACUAACUUGAAACAAAAAGGGAAUAAAUCUCAGAGGGAAGAUGUGGACUCCGUUCUCUUUCUUUUUGAAAGAAUAUUACAAUUACUACCAGAAAGAAUCUUCUUCCGAUGGCAGUUUCAUAGCAUAGGGUCAGUUCUGAAGAAACUUUUGCACACCGGGAACAGUCUUAAGAUAAGAUGUGAAGGGAUUCGGUUAUUCCUUCUCUGGCUGCAAGCUCUCCAGACAAAUUGUUCCGAGGAGCAGCUGCUAAUCUUUGCUUGCCUCGUGCCUGGGUUUCCCGCAGUGAUGUCUUCGAAAGGUCCAUGUACACUGGAUACCCUAAUUAACCCGCCCCUCAGUCUUCCAUACGCCAAGAUUUAUCCUGAAGAAAUAAGCCCGCUCUUACCACAGGCCUCCGGUGAAAAGGCUGUAGAGGACGCAGUUUGCUACUUUCUUCAGAUAGUGUUAAAAUAUAUGGUAAUACAGGCUGCAAGCCUGGAAUGGAAGAAUAAGGAAAACCGUGAUACUGGGUUUAAGUUUCUCUUUGCUUUGUUCAGAAAGUAUUACCUCCCUCAUUUAUUUCCCUCUUUUGCAAAAGUAACCAACCUCUACAAACCUGUGCUUGAUCUCCCCAGCCUGCGACUGAAACCAGCCUAUGUUAGUGCAACCUACAACAAUGAAAAUAUUUAUAGCACAAAAAUACCAUAUAUGAAAGCUCGUGUUGCCUUUAUUAAAUGGCUUGUAAAUUUUUUCCUGGAAAAGAAAUACUUUACACCAAUGCAGAAUUCCAAAAAUGGAGGCGAGGUUCUACCCCGAAUCAUUCAGACCGUGGGUGGUUCAGUGCAGGAUAAAAACCCAGAAUCGGAGAGCGGUGCUCCGUCGGAUCAGGAGAAAAGCCAUGCAAACAAUAGCACAUUGCCUGAACGGCGGCUCAGUGACUCCAGCUUCUGCAGCGUUGAAGAGCAGCACCGGGAAGUGUACGAGAUGGCUCAGCGGACACUUCUGUCCACGCGAGGUUACGUCAAUUUUGUCCAUGAAGUAUUUCGUCAGGCCUUCUUGCUGCCUUCUUCAGAGAUCUCUUCAACCGAGAAGGUGGUGGAAGUGUACCGGAAGUGGAUUCUGGAGGUGAAACCUGAAUUUAUGGAAGAACCGGAAGUGAAGGAACUGGUUCAGGAUGAUGGUGACAUAAAUCAGUCAGAAACAGAGAUAGACAGCAAACAUCUUACAUCCGGCCACUCUGGACAUAAAAGGUCUUCAAGCUGGGGAAGAACCUACUCCUUCUCUAGUGCAGUCAACAGAGGAUGUAUAUUAGAAGAUGAAGAUAAGGAUGUUAAAGCCGGUGUCCAAGCCACACUACAGGUAUUCCUGACCAACUCUGCAAAUGUAUUUUUACUGGAACCAUGCAAUGAAAUUCCUGUACUCUUGAAGGAGCAGAUAGUCGCUUGCAGAGCAGUUUUGAGUAUAUAUAGGCACAUGAUAAUGCAGCUUCCAAUGAACCAAAAGACCUGGGAGCAAAUGCUACAAAUACUUCUCAGGAUAACCGAAACUGUGAUGAGCAAAUCCAAAGAUAACCAAGUGAAGGACACGUUUGCUCAAAGUCUAGCGGGACUAUUAUUUAGGACUCUCAUUGUGGCAUGGAUUCGGGCUAAUCUGAAUGUUUAUAUUUCUCGAGAACUCUGGGAUGAAUUGCUCCGUGUGCUGUCGUCUCUUACAGACUGGAAAGAACUAAUAGUGGAAUGGGCGAACAUCAUGGAUUCGCUCACUGCUAUUUUAGCGAGAACUGUGUAUGGCGUGGAAAUGACCAAUUUGCCACUGGAUAAGCUAAGUGAGCAAAAAGAGAAGAUACAAAGAGGAAAAGGUGGCGCUUCGGAACCUCAGAAGGGAGUCGCAGUGGGAAGAUCAUUUUCUUUAAGCUGGAGGAAUCAUCCUGGCGUUGUGGAACCAAUGAGGUUUCGGAGUGCUACCACCUCGGGAGUCCCAGGAAUCGAAAAAGCAAGGAAUGUAGUGCGUCAGCGUGCAACAGAAGCAGAAGAAUAUCAACAGUCAGAAAAUGGAGCAGAAUACUACCAGCAGGAAAAUAUGGCAGGAACAGAAAGUGAUGAAUCAUUUUUAGACCAGGAGCAACUAACUCGCAGCAGCAGUACCUCAGAUAUUAGAGACCAAUGUAGUGCUGAUAUCUUUCAAGCUAGAAAAGUGGGAAGCUCACAGAAUUUAAUUUCAGGAUCCAGUGGGAACGUCAGCAAGGAAAAUGUCAUCCGAGAAGCAAGCAACUCUGCCACUGAACUUGAUCUCAGAACAGACAUGGACCACUCCAAUGGAAGGCCCAGAGGAGAAAAGCGUGGAAGUAUUAAUGGCGACACUGCGGAUGGAUAUAACAAUGAAGUCGAUGCAGCUUCCUGGCAAGGCUGUGAAGAAAACCAGGAUAUCAGCAUGCCCGGAGAGAUAUCCGUUGAUCCAGACUCACGCCACUGGUUGCAUGUGAAUCCUUCGGGUGCUACCAAUUUAACAGACAGCAGUGAAUUCCUUGCUGACGACUGCAGUAUAAUUGCUGGUGGGAACCUUAUUGGCUGGCAUGCGGACUCUGCUGCCGUAUUAUGGCGAAGAAUACUGGGAAUUCUUGGAGAUGUGAACAAUAUUCAGUCUCCUAAAAUACAUGCCAAAGUUUUUGAGUACCUCUUUGAACUAUGGCACAAAUUAGCGAAGAUAAGAGACAAUCUUGCUAUCAGUCUGGAUAACCAAUCCACCCCUUCUCCUCCUGUUUUAAUUCCACCACUCAGAAUAUUUGCAUCAUGGUUGUUCAAGGCGACAAUGUUGCCGGAUGACUAUAAGGAAGGGAAGCUUCAGGCCUACAAGCUGAUAUGUGCUAUGAUGACCCGGCGCCAAGACGUCGUGCCAAAUCCGGACUACCUGGUUCAUUUUUAUCUCGUCAUGCACAUUGGCUUAACAAGUCAAGAUCAGGAUGUUUUAAAUACUAUCGUAAGACACUGCACCCCCUCCUUCUUUUUCCUGGGGUUACCCGGCUUCACCUUGCUCAUUGGAGACUUCGUCAUGGCCGCAACCAGAGUUUUGAGUAGAAGCAUCUUGGACGCGCCUCGCUUAGAAGCUCACACCAUUCUUGGGUCUCUGGUUUGCUUUCCCAAUCUCUAUCAAAAAAUCUCGCUGUUCCAACCCAUCGCUGAAGCAGAAAUCACGCCAGGAACUACAGAUGUCAAAUGUUACCUCAUAAAUAUUCUUUUGAAGAAUGCCACAGAUGAACCAAGCGAAGCUUCAAGGUGCUUAGCUGUUUGCUGUCUUGGGCUUUGGAUAUGUGAAGAACUAGUGCAGUGUACAAGCCAUCCUCAAGUAAAGGAAGCCAUAAAUGUUUUAGGUGUAACACUAAAGUUUCCUAACAAGCAGACUGCGCAAGAAGCAUGCAAUGUCUUUCAGUUGCUGACGUUGUACUGGGAAAAACUUCAGGAUUACCAGUCUUCUCUGCCCAGAAAGAUUGUUGAAAUCCUUGUCGCCACCAUCGCGUUCCUGUUGCCCGGUGCAGAGUACUCCUCUGCAGAAAGCGAUAAAAAGUUCAUCGUUUCAUUAUUACUUUGCUUGCUGGACUGGUGCAUGGUGUUACCGGUGAAGACGCUGCUAGAACCUGUACUGAAUUCCAGUCUUGAGGACCAGCAUCCCUUUAAAGCUUGCCUGCUCGAUUACAUCUAUAGAAUCCUGCACAGUUGCAUUCAUGGUUCAAGCACUUACACUCAGCAAAGCCAUUACCUCUUAAGCCUGGCCGACCUCUCCAGCGAUAGCUACGAUCCGUUCUUGCCGCUAGGGAAUGUCAAGAAUUCUGAGCCCGUUCCGGUUCACUCUUCUGCAGAUCUGAAUAAUUUGCUCACUGUUGCUGAAGAAAAGAGGAGAAGGAACAUGGAGCUGAUUCCGUUGACGGCACGAAUGGUUGUGGCACACCUGGUGAACAAUCUGAGUCACUACCCCUUGAACGGAGGGCCUGCGGCACUUCACAGUCUCGUGAGCGAGAACCACAACAACUCUUACGUGGAAUCUUCCGAACUCUCCUCCGAAAUCUUCCGCAGCCCGAACCUGCAGCUGUUUGUCUUCAACGAUAGCACCCUCAUAUCUUAUCUCCAGAUUCCUUCAGAAAAAGGGGAAGGGGAUGAACCAGCCAGAAGCUCCUGGGAAGUAAGAGUGAUCGUGAGGGACAUCUCAGGGAAGUAUUCCUGGGACAGCCAGCUGAUGCACGGGCCGUUAGCUAGCUGCCUCCCAGAUCCAAGUAAAAGAAAAUCCCCUGCCAUUUCCGACAAUCAUAAACAGAACUUGGAGUCCCCGGUGGACUUCAUUCAAAUAUAUGAAGGAGAAGAUGCCCUCAAUGCGUUGCUGGAGCGGAUCGGCAGUAGCAGUCCCGAGUGCCUUCUGUGCCCGCAGCUGAAGCUGAACGAGCCGUCGCCGCCGCCGUGCGUCCUGAGCCAAGAUCAGGAGAAGGGGAUCCUGGAAGCCAUCCUGCACCAGCACGGCACAGAAAACGAGUACUUACGCGGGGGCAGCUUGAACAUCCGGAUGCAAGUUGAAAGGCAGAAAGAACCAAGGCCUACAGCUCAAGACGCCCCGUUCCAUUUAUGCAGGCUUUUGCUAAAUGACCUGGGAAUGAAUUCUUGGGAUAAAAGAAAAAGCUUUCAUCUACUGAAGAAAAAUCCUAAAUUAUUGAGAGAGUUGAAAAAUUUGGACUCCAGGCAAUGCCGCGAAACUCACAAGAUCGCUGUGUUUUACAUCGCCGAAGGACAAGAGGAUAAAUGCUCCAUAUUGUCCAAUCCUAAGGGAAGCCAGGCUUACGAAGACUUCGUUGCCGGACUUGGCUGGGAGGUUCAUCUUUCAACUCACUGUGGAUUUAUGGGCGGCCUUCAACGUAACGGAAGCACUGGACAAACAGCACCUUACUACGCUACUUCGACGGUGGAAGUAAUUUUCCAUGUGUCCACACGGAUGCCCUCUGAUUCUGACGAUUCCCUGACCAAAAAGCUUCGUCACUUGGGAAAUGACGAGGUUCACAUCGUCUGGUCCGAACAUACCAGAAAUUAUCGGCGGGGCAUCAUACCGACAGAGUUUGGAGAUGUCUUAAUUGUUAUCUAUCCCAUGAAGAAUCAUAUGUUUUUCAUAGAGAUCAUGAAGAAACCAGAGGUGCCAUUCUUUGGUCCUUUGUUUGAUGGCGCAAUUGUGACUGCAAAGCUGCUGCCAAAUCUCAUACGGGCAACAUGCAUCAGUGCCAGCAGAGCUGUGAAGUCCCUCAUCCCUCUCUAUCAGAGCUUUUAUGAAGAAAGAGCACUGUACCUUGAAGCAAUAAUCCUAAAUCACAAAGAAGUAAUGACGUUCGAGGAUUUUGCCGCUCAGGUCUUCUCGCCCUGUCCCAGUUACUCCCUGAGCGGAUGCGAUUAAAAUAUGUAAAGAUCUCAUUACAGUAAUUGAGAAAGGAGAAACAAAACUUUUAGGGGAGGCCAAACCACUUCUCUGCACUUCCAGCCCUUGCCAGUAGGGUGUUCCCAGAGACCCCCGUCUUAAAUUAGACUACUGGAUGGGAUUCACCUUUCACCAGUUUUAGUAAUAUUUCACACAUUCAGUUUAGUAAAAUUAAUGCAGAGUUAUUCCUUCCAAUAAAAAGUGGACUUGGCUUCCAAUAAAAAGUGGAUUAGCCAAUAACAUUUGGCUAGCUUUUCCAUAGAAUCAUGGAACAAGGAGUUGAGUUGGAAAAGUUGGGACGGGGAAUGGACAGUUCUCCAUUUCAGGCUGCCCUCACAAAGAAUGACUUUCGGAGCUCACUUCCAUUGUUGUCUUCAGGAUAUCUUGAGCUCACUGCCAAGUCCAACACUUAAAACCUUUCCCUUGCCUGAAAAAGGAGUGCACAGUCUUCCCCAGCCUGCCGCUGCCCAGAUGUUUUGGACUUGCUCUCCUAGGAUGGCUGAAGAGAUCUGGAAUCCACCACAUCUGAAGGUGCCUGGUUGGGUUAGCGCCUGGGAAUUAGAGUUUCGGAUCACCAUGAGAGCUGCGAGGUGCAUAGGGAAGUAAACAGUGCACCUGGAAAAUAGGAUCUGUUCAAUAAGUGCACAGGAGUCCCCUCAGGACCACGUGUGAUGGAGGGACAGAUGCACGUGGAAACAGCCGACACCCCUUUGAAAGCAUGGCGACGUGAGUGAAAUAUUCCAGCGGCAUUGCGAGCCAUUUAGCACAUGCCCUUCCCGGUCGCGGGGAAAGGGGACUUUUGGCCAGCGUCUCUCCACACUCGAGCAGCGUUAGGAAAGCGCUCCGCAUGCAGCCGGGCGCCCCACGAUUUUUCUGAAGUGAUUGCUCAUGAGUGGAACCAUGAGUGGAGAGUUGGAAGGGGCCAGAGGGUCACCAGGCCCAUCCCUCAGAAGGUUGGCUGCUCAGUUGCAUCUUCAGUGCCUCCAGAGUGGGAGAGCCCACCCCCCCGCCUCGGUCAUGGCUUCCAUCGCACUGUUGUGCUGCUCUCACAGCCGGGAAGUUCUUCCUGAUGUCCAGCUGGAAUCCGGCUUCCUGCAACUUGAGCCUGGAAUGAACUCUGGAAUGAUCCAGAAGAGGCCCUGGCCCUCCUCUUUGUGACAGCCUUUUGAGACUUGUAGGGCGCUGUCAUAUCUCCCCUCAGAAGACCCCCAGGGAGGGAGAAUUCCAGGCGACCACUUUCCAGUGGAACCGUCUACCCCCUUGAGGCCUAGAGCAGAUCCACCAGUUGGGAAUGCCCCUACUCUCCAAACCCAGUAAGCCACCCUAGAUGCCUUAUUGUAGGUCUACCAGCAGGUUCCCAGCCAGAAGGUGCAGCUGCAUGCAUUUUUGAAGAAGUAAACAACUGGGAAGAGGAGAUCUGGAUUGAGAACCUGCUGUAGGGUCUUUAAAAAAAAAGUUUUAUUUGUGAAAUUAUAAUCCUAAAAAAACAAUAAGAAAACUACAAACAUCCAUCAUCGAAAACAUCGAGCCCACUGGGUCAGCCCCCUGGUGUAGGGUCUUCUAAUCCCUUAUCCCUGCUACAUCUCUCCAACUCCACAACUUCCUCCCCCAAAAAUUGCAUGGCUAUUAAUUGCAUCUAUCGGUGUUUUCCCUCUUACGACAAAAGCCAGCAGUGGAUCACUCAGCAGUUACUCUGUCUGGAGCCUGGUGGAGACAGUGUUUCCCAUGGAGAAACACUGUGAACAAGCCAUCCAGAGCUAGCCAUGGGAUGGGACACAGCCUGCCAGCUGGGGGCUUCCACUUGACUGGCAAAGGAAGAUCUGGGAAUGCGGGCGAGGAGGACGCCCCUGUAGCCCUUGAGCAGCUGUGGGCCUCGCCCAGAUGCACAAGGAAAAGCUGCAAGGCUAGAAGUGGGUUCUCUAAAUAGUUUACCUGGGGUUUCAAAAGGUUUAAGAUCCUGGUGAUUCUGUCCAGCCACCAGGCUCAUAAUCUUCCCCCAGAAGUAAAGGCAUCCAACUAUCCAUUUAUAGGAUUUUUUCAGAAAUCCAUAUGAUAAAUUGUUGCUACCGUGAGGGUAGCCCGAUGGUGCAACAUUACAACUAAUGUCUACUUUCCAAAUGCCCGUCUGCUUUCUCGUCCAGGGUUCACAGCAGGUUGAACCAUCCUGGGCACUCCAUCAAGGCAACGAGUCCAGUAUAGCUGAGGACAUUAAUUUUGAGCAUAGACCAAACUGCAUCCACUUGUCAUUAUGAAUGAAAAAAUACGUAAUGUGCAGCGGUAAACAUGGAGGCUUUGAAGUUGUAUAACUUCGGCCUGUCCAGAUGUUUUGGCCUGCACCUCCCAGCAUCCGUCACCAGUGGCUGCGUUGUAGGAGGAAAGGAAGUGGAUGCCCGAUGGCUCCAGGUUGCCUUUUUCUGCCCUGUGCACACCAGAGCCUCCUUCUCCUGAUGGGAUCCUUACCAUUCCCUCUCUCUCCUCAGAGGAAUCGGUCUGUAGAAGUUUGGUUAGGCAUUAAGAACCCGAGAGAGUUGCAGCAGAUGGGCGGCGUGGUUUAAAAGCUCUUUACUAGGAAAGAGCUGAUGAAACGGCAUUUGCAUGACCCAAACUCCCCGGGGACGGGCUGGAGCCGCAGCAGCAACAGCCGUGCCCGAUUGCAGCAUGCACCUCUCUGCUCCUUGGAGCAUUGAUUAUAAUUGUGCUAGGGAGCAAUCCAUGCAUACGCUCUCUAAACAUCUCCUCUCGCUUUGGAGAGAAGCACUGAGAAGAAGGACAGCCUGCGAUCCUCGAACAGCUUUGUGUGCUUCGGCCCGACAGAACACAGUGGAAUUCACGUCCGAGGACAUAGCCCCAGACUGUGCCACACGUCUUAGGGAAAUGACGGAACGGGGCCUUGCGUAAAACAGCAAUAUCGACUCGGACACUGAUGUUUCCUUCAGAGAAUCAGCGCGUGACAUGAAGCUCCGAAAGGGAAGGGAGAGCCAGACUUGGGAGCAUGUCCCCAUAAAUGCCGCAUCACUCCAGCUGUCACCUUAAAACAUUCCUAGUAUCGAAAACAGUCACCGACCUUCUAGCAUCAGGCUUAGAGGGUCUCUCAACUGCCAGGAGAGUGAGCUGUGCCGCAACUUAAACGCACCUGCACAGCGGAGGGACUGGCCAGCCAUUCAUAGGUGGAACGGCCGUGCGGACGAGAGGUUCAAGCCUCAUCUUGGGCUUGUAACGUUGCAGGGGCAGUGGAGGAGUCGUUCCUCAGGACAGCUGGUUAAGGCGCUGCGUGCUUUGGUACAUUUCACCUGGCACCUGCCUCUGCUCCAAGGAUAAACGCGGCAAGCAGCUUGCUUCUGCCCACCCGGACGCAGGCGGUGUGCCCCUCGGGCAGAUGGGAGAAGCAGCGCCAUGCACCCCUGGCUCGUGUGCCCCGGGCGAAGCUUUGCCGCCUUCCCUGCUGACGCUUCCCUGGGCGCGAACGGUUGCUUUCCGAGGAAUUGCAUCACACGUGCAGCAGCUUCUACCAAACGGUCUGCCUGUUACUCUAGCAUAAUAGCCAGUGUUGCAUGCUAAGCAACCCCUCGAUGAUCGUCACUGCUCUCUUGGGUGCUUCCCCACACCUCCCCGGUUGGAAGGUGUGGUGAAACAACACAGCGCAAUUGCUGUGUGUACUCCGAGCAACAAAGUCACCCAGCAGCCACUUCCUUUGACCUCGUUGGCCGGUGUCGGAAAGCUCUUUUGUAUGGGAGGAGCUCUUUCCCUGCAGAUUUUUUCCACCUGCUUGAAAACAAGGAAAUGGCAACAAAGAUUAAGAUGCAACCAACAGUGUGGCCUGUAUAUUAUUUUAGUGCAACGUUGCAGGCCACACUUGGGCUUUCCUGCCCACAGCCUGCAGGCAAGGACCCCCCCCCCCAGCCCCUCGGCAUUCUUAAAAGCUUUCUAAGUGGCCCUGUGUGUUCUAAAGGUCCUCAGAAGGAAGGCGGUGCAAUUUUGUGUGAUUGUGACAUGCGGAAUCACUACUAGUUGCGCAGUUUUACCAAUCCCAGUCCGAACAUCCGGUUCCCCAUUUUUAAAACGUGCGACAGGGUUGCAGCCAAGUGGAAGACGCAGCGAGGAGGCCCCUCUUCGCCACAGCUCCAGAGUGGCUCCAGGAGUCACAGCAAUCUGCCCGUCAGCAGAGGUCUCGGGGAGAGAGGGUCAAAGCAGGGUUAGUUCACAAUGCCACACUGUCGCCAGGGUUCCCCUCGGGACUUCCACCGCUCGGCUGCCUGUCUCAGAUGGUGACUGAUCAAAAGACGCACAUGUGCGUUGGAACCACCCCACUGCUGUCCUGCUCGCAUGCUGACUGGCUCCGUACGUACGAAAUAUUUUUACUUGGGUAAACAGGCAUUCCCCACCGGCACUCUGAAGUGGUACAGUCCUAAAAGGCUGUGUGAUGUUUCUGUAGGCGCAGCCCAGCUCCAUCACCAAGCAAGUGCUGUUUUGUGGGCAGCAGACAUGUGGAACCGCAGGUUUGCCCAGAGCGCGCCUGUGCAUUGCAUUGUCCCAGCUACACACAACCGCAGUUCAUUCCAAUUUCCCUCGCUCCUUUGUCCUGCAGAAGAUGACCAACAAAGAUGGCCACGCAGGUAGCACAGCCCAGUAUGACCACAACCUUGUCUGGUUGUUAUUAGGAGAUCUUGGAUAUGCUGCAAGGAAUAUGCCACCCAUAGUGUUCUGAACCCUCUGCAGAUGCACGGUGGUUGUUUCUAACAAGCUGUCCUUUUCUUCUUUUUAGGCUGCCUCAAUGCAAGUUUGAGCACUGAUCUUACGUCACGCGCAGGGACGGUGUCAGCAGAGCGGAUGUCACCAACACUAAGUGCCACCAAAAGCAAGCUCUCCGGGAAGCUGCGUCGCUCUGCCAGCGCUCUCAGCAAAUC